UCACGCCUCGCUCAUGGAGGAUAUGUGACACCGGCGUUAUAUGCGGCGUAAUUGUUACAAAUAUUUUUGACCGUUCUAUACUUUUAAUGUGAAAAACGCUCCUCGUGUGACUUUGACGGUGUCACAUGGUGUCUGUGUUCACGUCUCUGCUGCUGUCGGGAACGCGCGCUGUUCUCUCAUGAGCACGUCAUAGACUGCACUGACUUUGCGAUGUAGCGAAUAAUUCCUCGUUUAAUGGUUAAUUUAUCCUUAUGUUUGCGUGAACAUAGCUGUGAAACUACAGAAUGGGAAAACCCAAACAGACUAGCAGCAUGAAUGAGCCCGAGGGACUGCGGUUCAGGAGGCUCAACAGACCUCAGGUCAUCACAGACGAAACCCAUGAACCCCAGCACAAAAGCACAAGCACUUACAGUGGGAAGGUGUUUCUUGUGACAUUACUCGCAUUGGUGGCAUUCCUGCUCUUCCCACUGCUGGUGGUCAUUUUCCUCCUCGAGUCUCCCAUUCAACCAGACGCGUUCAGUCUCAAUGAACCACCUCUUAUGACCGGCUGUUAUGAGCCCAACUUAAAACUGAGACAGGCAGAGCGACUGUUUGAGGAGCAGGUUUUUGGCCCAGAAUCCAUUGCUAACAUUGGAGAGGCUUUGUACACUGGGACUGCUGAUGGAAAGAUUGUGAAAAUCGAGGGAAGGAACAUUCAUGUGCUAACAACACUUGGCAAGCCACCAUGUGGUUCUCGUGAACAGGAACACAUCUGCGGACGUCCGCUGGGAAUUCGUGUGGGACCCAAUGGAACCUUGUUUGUGGCUGAUGCCUAUUUGGGUCUGUUUGAGGUCAAUCCUGUCACAGGUGAUGUAAAAUCUCUGGUGAGCACUGGGAAGCUGAUCGGAGGUCGACCUCUGGCCUUUGUAAAUGAUCUGGAUGUAACUCAGGAUGGAAAGAAGGUGUACUUCACUGAUUCAAGCAGCAGGUGGCAGCGCAGAGACUUCAUGCACCUGAUCAUGGAAGCCACCGCAGAUGGACGUGUGCUCGAGUAUGAUACAGAGACCAAGGAAGUUACUGUGAUGAUGGAGAACUUGCGAUUCCCUAAUGGCAUCCAACUCUUCCCUGAUGAGGAGUCAGUUCUAGUGGCUGAAACGACUAUGGCAAAAAUAAGGAGAGUCCAUGUAUCUGGUCUCAAUAAAGGAGGCAUGGAUACAUUCAUAGACAACCUCCCAGGAUUUCCUUAUAACAUCCGACACAGUUCUUCAGGUGGCUACUGGGUGGUCAUGUCUACUGUGCGACCCAACCCUGGUUUCUCCAUGCUGGACUUUUUGUCUCAAAGACCCUGGAUUAAGAAGCUCAUAUUUAAGCUCUUCAGUCAAGAUACUCUACUGAAAUUUGUUCCAUGCUACAGUCUGGUAGUGGAACUGCAGGAAGGCGGAACAUGCUUGCGUAGCUUCCACGACCCACACGGCAUGGUGGCUGCUUACAUCAGCGAGGCACACGAUUACGACGGCUACCUGUAUUUAGGCUCCUUCCGCUCCCCUUAUUUGUGCAAGCUGGAUCUGAGCAAAGUGUGAAACAUGCCUACUGCCCUGGCGAACACAUCAAAAGUCAAAUCGAUUGCUCUACUUGAGUCAUUUCACCCUGGCUUCCAAACAAACAGAUUUUGAACCAAUUAACCCAUGGCAACACAUCAACAGAAGCACUUAUUAAAUACUUCCAUAUUAGUCAUCAAAUUAACUAAGUUCCUUCAUUUGAUGCCCGUUGUUUUAAUUUAGCUCUGAAAAAUGCUUGAAUUUGUGUUCCAUAAACCCAUUUGAGUGUCUGUGUUUGAUUCUUUUUUAGAGGUGUGUGGUAUUGUAAGCUCUCUUUUUUUUGAAAGAUGUGCCAUGACUAUUUUUGUUUCCCUCCCUUAUGAGAGAAAGUAUGCAGUGUCUUUACUUUGAUUUUUUGUUUUAUUUGCACCAAGCUGUCAUCUGCCCCUUAAAAUAGAGCUGCCAACUGUUUUUCUUAAAGUCACUGUGAUACAGAAAACUAAAGUAAAUGACUAAUAGUAAUUUCUGUGGGUUUCAGCUUAGAAGUGUAGUUUGGGGAACUAAAAGGAUGUUAUAUUCUAAAAUGAAACUCCUGCAACAAUACAUAUAGCUAUUAUUAUUUAUGGUUAUCAGAAUGAAAACGUGAGAAGGUUGUGGCUUAUUUUUUAGUAAUUGAAAGUAUUCAUUCCGUUAUGUUUCAUCAUUAUUUGUAUAUGUUGCUAAAUGAAAGAUCCUGCUUGCUUUGUAGUAUUUAGCAUACAUUUACUCGAGUUUCUGUGCUUUUUCCAUUAAUAUCAUAUAUGAUAUAUAAAUCAUUUUCAGCAGUAAUGUCUAUUUAAGUGUUUCUCUGCAGGUGGGUCUGUUCUGAUAGGUUGGAGAACAACAGGAAAUAACAAUGCUCAGUGCAAAUAAUGAAAACAUAAUAGCAUUUAAUUGUGCAGAGUUAGGAUAACAAAUGUAAAUGAGUGCGGCAAGAUGGAUCAGUUGUUAGCUUCUCACACCAAGAACCUUCUGGGAUUACUGGGCCUUUCUGUCUCGUUCUUUUGCAUGUUCUCCCCAGUUUGUGUGGCUUUCCUCCAGGUAUAUCUUUUGUUGUUGACAUCAAAGUUUGAACAUCCAAUCAAAUUCUACUGUAUUUUGGCACAGAUUAAUCUGUCACUUGGUAAUAUGGCUAAUACUAAGACAGUAUUUGGCCCAGUGUCUGCUCCAUGUGUUGGGCUGAUCAAUUGAACUUUUGCUGUACAUUUUCCAAUUCAGUCUGACAAAAAAAUGGUACCAUCGAAAUCCUCAUGAACCAAGGAACCGAUAGACAACAAUCUCACGAUUUUAGGCAAAACUUAAAAGUUUUUAAGAUUUCUUGGCCUGUAGGUGGCACUGUUACAAAACUUGGCAUGUACCCUCAGAUCAUGGUGCUAAUUAAGUUUAUCAAGUUUAAUUUUAAUUUGAUGAAGCGUUGCUGAGAUACAACCUCACAUAGUGUUUUAUCAACAUCAUUAACUUUGCUCUCUGCACACUGAAAUUCUAAUUUCUGUAUCAUAAUUUCUUUACAACAUGAUCUAAAGAUCAUCUGUGCAGUGUUUUUGUGUGCAUCUGACCAAGUUUCUUGGAGUAGUAAAAAAAGGAUAAAUGUAACAAUCCAACAUUGUAAUUGUUGGGUUAUUAAUGUAAGGAGUC